AUGUCCGAGUGUCUCCUGAUUACUGCGUGUCGCCUGAUGUCCGAGUGUCUCCUGAAUACUGCGUGUCGCCUGAUUCCUGCUUGUCGCCUGAUGUCCGAGUGUCUCCUGAUUUUUGCUUGUCGCCUGAUGUCCGAGUGUCUCCUGAUUCCUGCUUGUCGCCUGAUGUCCGAGUAUCUCCUGAUUCCUGCUUGUCACCUGAUGUCCGAGUGUCUCCUGAUUCCUGCUUGUCGCCUGAUGUCCGAGUGUCUCCUGAUUCCUGCUUGUCGCCCGAUUCCUGCUUGUCGCCUGAUGUCCGAGUGUUUCCUGAUUAAUGCGUGUCGCCCGAUUCCUGCUUGUCGCCUGAUGUCCGAGUGUCUCCUGAUUCCUGCGUGCCGCCUGAUGUCCGAGUGUCGCCUGAUUCCUGCGUGUCGCCUGAUUCCUGCUUGUCGCCUGAUGUCCGAGUGUCUCCUGAUUCCUGCGUGUCGCCUGAUGUGGAGUGUCUCCUGA